CUCUCUCUCAUUCCUCGACGAUUCUGCCUCUUUGUCGUGAUAUCUCCUCGACGGAAACGUGAAUCGGGCGAAAAGAUUCAAACUUUUCGAAAAUCUGAGACGGGAGAGAUCGAGGGCGGCGAUAGGUUCUGUGUAUCGGGUCAACUUCCUGUUUGGUUCACUUUGAAGAGUCGCGAUGAAGCUACAAAGGAGAGAGCUUCGGGUAGUGAAAGCGGGUUCGAUGGUGAUCCUGUUAAAGAGUUUGGUUUUCUUGUGAUUGGGAAAGAUUGGCUCUCUCUUGUUGCUGUCCAUAGUGAUCGUUGGUUGCUCUCUGUAGCUUCUCUCAUAUCUCUUUCACUGUGUAUUUUUCCAUUCAUGGAGCUUUAUGUCCAUAAUAAACGCAUGUUUUCAAUUUGCAGGAAACAGCUAUUCAGUCUCAUCAACGAUCUCUCGACUCUCUUUGAUGUAGUGACUGGUAGGAAACCCAUCAAAGACAGUAAGCCAAGCUCAGAUUCCGGAAGCAAAUCCAGCUGAUGGUGUCCCUUUUCACACGUCUUGCUUCAAGUGCCCUCACUGCAAAUCCAUCCUUGAAGUCAGUUUCUUUCUUCCCCCUUUCAUCACUCUCUGUCUAUGAAUAUGAAUGAAUGUUUGAUAAUAACUUGGAUUGUCUUCGUUGAUGUUUUCAUAUGUUUGUUCUUCUUUCUUCUUCUCAUGUUCUUCCUUCAUAUGUGUUCUUGUUUUUUUUUUUUUAAGAACCCUUAAAUAAGAGACUCCCAUUGGAGCACAAAAUUGUUGGUGUUUCUUAACUAAAUUUCUUAAAUAACAUUUAAUACUUAAAAAUGAUUAAGAGACCCAAAAUGGGUUUUUGGGUUAAUGAUGCUCUAAGUGUGUGUAUCUUCACUUAUAUUAACCAUAUACAUAUAAUUAUUUGAGAUAUUAUUUAAAGAAGAAACCCCAUCAUUGGUGAUCCAACUUGAAAAGAAAGAAAGUAAAAAAACUAAUUAGUACGAUUUCCUCCAAUUAUUGGGAUCAACUCUAUUUGCCAGUUUAACUAUAUGGUAGCUUCUACCUGUUUUUUUUAUAAAUAUGACUAUUAAUUUAUGUUUUUUAUAAGUGACCAAAAAUAUAUAGGACCAGACCCAGAUAUAUCAAAUCUUCCAAAAUUUAGUUUCUUUUUUUCCCCAAAAUCUGGUUUCACCUAACUGAACCUAAUAAACAAUACAUUUUGUAUGAAACAGACAGUUUAUUUUCUGAAAACCUUUUAUAAAAGAAACUCAGUAUAUUUGUAUUAAUAUGUACAUUACAUUUUGUAUUUAUAACUUCUUGUUUUCAGCGCAAGAAUCAUUCGAUGACGUGUUUUACAAAACUUUUCGUGAAAGAUCUAUUCAUCCCGAUAACGACGGGAAGCUAGAUAUAGGCACAUAGCAAACGAGAUACAUUGUAUCAUUAACCAAUAAGAAUGAGAAAUGUGAAAGACUCCAUAUAUUUAUAAAUAGAUGAUUUGGAUGUUGACAACAAAAAAUGAAUAAUAUGAUUAAAGGAAAUACAUACGAAAAGAAAAAGAGAGCAAACAUAGUUUGCUUUCUAUGGACAGCUAUCACUGAGUCACUAAACUACGCACACGAACAAUGGGGUUCAUGUGUUAUUCUCUGGCUCUGUGUCCCAGAUCAACAACUACUAUGAUAUUUCAUUUUGUUGAGACCAAUUAAAAUCUCCAAAUCCUAUAUAUGUGUAUAUAGAUUCCCAGUGUUUCAAAAAAAAAAAGUGUAUAUAUAUUCCCAGCAAUGGUUGAGACGAUCUAAAUUAUAUUAUAGUUAUAUGUAACAUAUUAAAUAUGUAACAUUUUUGUUUUGUCUUGUUAAUUUUUGGAGGUACUUGUACGACGUUAUUAGUCUUUCUUGAUGCUUAUACUGAUUUUGAAUGAUUCCUAUAUCCUAUUUCUUCGAUCAGUGCCAACUAACAAGCAUGUUCACUGUUUUAUGCUUAACUAACACCAUCCAUUUAGUAAUUGUUAAUUAAAAAGUAUUGGAUAUGCUUAAUGCAUAAAUAUUAAGUUUCAUAAUCUAUGUAUGCACACAUAUAUUCCCUAAUUACAGCUUAAAUCCCAUCAUGUCAAAGAAAAUGAGAUAUCACAAAGCUAUAGGGACCAAUUAAAGCUAACAAGCAUCUUAAAAAGGUAACGGGGACCAUUAGUUAGAUUCUCAUUAUUAGCUCAUUAAGUUUUGCAAUAAUUCAUGUUUCUAAGCAUAUACGUGUCACUUUAAUGGUCCCCUCCUCUCUUCAUUCUCUGUUUACUUCUCCCAUUUUGUAGGCUUAGAGGAAAUGUGUGUAGUAUACAUUGCUUUUAAGUUUAAAUUAAUUGGACGAUUAUGAUUUCAGAUCAUGUGAUCAAGUGAUCUUCGUCUGGGGAGCAAAUUUAGUUUCGUUCCAAUAAUUAUCCACUUUCAGGUUUUCUGUACUAUUUUUAUAAUCUUAUCGCAUUAUGAGAUAUUGGAGAAAGGAUACAACUGUAUAUUUGUAGAAGCCAAAGCUAGGGUUAUAGGGUUAGUUGCUUUUAGAUCUUUUAAAUUGUUCUAGUGGUUAUUGUUAUAUUAGCACUCAAGAUAUGUUCUUAGAUUCCAACUAACAAUUCUAAUAUAUAUAUAACAUAUAAUGGGGUAACUAACUAAUAUAUAUAUAUAUAUAUAUAUUAUUUCAUGUCUAUAUUAUAGAAGCAUGCCCGGCUCUGUGCAUGUGCUGAGAACAUAUUUUCGCAUGGCCCAUUACAAUUUUUUAAAAAUUGAAUCCCAAAUAAAGAUUCAAAAAAAUUUCACUUAAGGAAAAAUGUCCCAGUUUUUUUUUUUUUUUUAAAUGCUUCAAUUUUUCUUGGCACAUAACCUAAUUUACUAUUGAAAUGGGUCUGACCGGAAGCUGAGUGUAACCACCAAGGAAAACAAUAAAGAUACAAAAGAAGUUAGCAAUUAAAACUCGUUUACACAAUUUCUGCAUAUUUUAAUAUUUUUAUUACAAUUUCUUAGAAUAAUUAUAAAAAGAAAUUGAACAGAAAAUUUUACUACGUAAAAUUCACAGUAUUUAGAAUUUUAUCUGCGCACAAAUCUUGAAAAUAUAUUUACUUAUAUCAUGUAUUAAUUUGUAGAAAUCUUAUUUUAUGAAAACUGGAUCUCAUACUUUCAGUAUAGAACUCUUUGGUCAAUCACUGAACUGAUAAAACUUGCACAACAUACUUUAUUUUAUACAUUUUUAUUUUUAAAAGUAAAAUUUCUUUGAUACGUCGGUGAUGAUUGGUUGGGCUUUGAUGAUUGGUUGGACUUUAACUUAAGACUUUAGCUUUAUUUAUUUUUAAACCACUAAUCCUAACCAAUAAUGAUGUAGCUUUAAUUUUAAAGUUAAACUUUGCUACAACAUCUACAGCCUUCUUUUUUUGUUUGUUCAUGUUUUAUUUUUUUUAUUAAAACAACUUUUAAAGUGCUUUAGGAAUUGUAGUAUUUUUUUACAGCAAAAAAAUAUAAAGCUACAACAAUAAAAACUACAAACUAACCUAAAUUCUACAGCUACAUUCCUAUAUUUACAUUUCAACCAAUCAUUACAAGCCAAAUUAAUUAUCGGGUCUUGUGCAUAAUCCAAUGGGCCCAACAAAGUAAUCAAUAUUGGUAUAUAAAUCGGCCUUUUGAACAACACUGGGUAGUGUAUUCUAAUGCGGCCGUGUUGUUCGAGACAAUGGGCCUUAUAGUCCAUAAUGAGUGUAGCCCAAAAGAGAAUUCGAAGAAACGGAUAGGUUCCAGUUUUUGUUUAUUUGUGUGGUUUAAGCAAAUUUUAAUAAGAUUUCUUCUUCUUUUUUGCAGUGAGUAAGAAUUGUGUUAGACAUAAAAGAGUUUCUAUUUGUUUCUUUGACAUUUUAUGUGUCUGAAACACACGUAAGAAAACUGCUGUAUGUAUAUUUUACGACCAUUUUGGUGAUUUUCUUUUACAAAACGGAAACAAUUUUAACAUGUUAAGCUUAAAACAAUAAGUAAUGUUGGCGUGUUUUAGAUUUUUUUAUAAGUAUGAUAUUUACAACUGAAAUGAAGCAAAUGAUCAAUGAAUUGUGUGUACUAGAAGUCUAGGCUCAAUAUGGUUGAUCUUGGUGCCACUAAUAUAAAGCUGGUAGGUUUCCAAAAAUGUUGAUCAAAAUUUAUGGUUUCUCUUGAUAGAAUCAAGGGGAUAAGCUAUCAUAUUUCUAUAAGCAAAAAGGAUGAUAAUGUGACGGAGCUAACACGAAUUUACAGCAUAUUCUUGUUUUUUAUACCAACAAAUCCUAAACUCCAGACAUACAUAUGUAUAUAAUAAUGUUAUUACACGUAAUAAACACUCAUCGCAAAAUCCAAACUCCCUUAUGUACUCUAUCCAACUCCAAAGCCUAAGACCAUGCGCAGUAGGGGUUUUAGUUAGGUUCAUGGGCUCGAGUUCUAAGGGACCGAUGAAUAAAAGAAAAUAAAAAAUGGGUUCGUUUUGAUGAACCGGGCCUUGCGAGUGAUACCGUAUGAAGCGGGUUCAAGCCACGCGUCGGGUGUUGAUUUGCUGAACGAAAGCGCGUAGAGGAGGAGGAAAGUUGGGGUUCGACGUGUAUCGCCUCAUUUGUUCUUCUCCACCAAAAAGCUAGGGUUUUUUUCUGAGAGGCGAUAUUUCGUGCGACUUCGUCUCCCGGAGGUUUUCUCGUUCUAAUCGACGACGGAGUGUCUUCUCCACUUGCUCAGAUGGAAACUCCCCGAGAACCUCAUUUCUUCAAGCCUCUUCUUCCUGGUUUUCAAAGUGGCGUCGCAAUACCACUUGACUUCUACUCAAAACACAUACAAGGGGCUGAGAUCAAUAAACCGUGGAAGCUAAGAGCGGACGCUUCAGAUCAAAUUUGGGAGGUGAUCCGAGAAGGCAGGACACUCACCAAAGGUUGGAAAGAGUUCACCGAAGCACAUGAUCUUCGAAUCGGUGACAUUGUCAUCUUCAAACACGAAGGAGACAUGGUCUUUCAUGUGACUCCUUUUGGUCCUAGCUGUUGUGAGAUUCAGUAUACACAUCCUCACGCGGAUGAUGCUCCUACUUUCUCAUACGACUACUGCUUCUUGGCUGAGGUUACUCCUACAAAUCAAAAGGACGACAAAAUGUUUCUUCCUGUGGAAGCUAUGAGGUGUGGUGCUUUGAACCAACAAUGCAAAGAGGUCAAACUUGUCAACAAGGAGGGAAAGUCAUGGACUGCGCGCUUCGGAUUUAGCGAAUCAGACGGCGCAUAUUACAUCAGCAGAGGGUGGAGAAAGUUCUGUCGUGAUAACAGAUGCACCAACGGAGAUUUGUUUGUGUUCAACGUGGUUGGAGACGGGACGACAACUCCAUUACUGUGUGUAUGUCCGGAAAGGAAGGAGUGUACUGAACUACUGAUCAAGCACUUCAGCAGAAUCGAUGGUAGCAUUGCUUCUACCUCACGAAAUUAGAUGGCUCUUUUGCGGUCUUUCCUCUCUAUCAUCUUAACUUGUUUCUUUUUGUUUCAUUAGCAACUUAUCAACUUAUGUAUUUCGGUUUGUAAAACUUGAAUGGUUUUUCUAUGUGAACUUUUAUCCUAAGUUAAACAUUCUCGAACUUAA